CGCGCGAGCCAAUCGUCGCUUGGCAGUCGCCGGGACGGAAUCGGCGCGAGCGAUUUAACAUGGCGGAGGACUCCUCCUCCGGGGUUUCGAGCCCGCGGGGGUGCGCCGACGGCCGGGAUGCCGACUCCCUGGAGAAGCGGACCCCAGAAACAGCGACAGGCCAGGAGGAGGAGUUCGUGUGCCAGGAACUGAUCGGGUGCGAGGUGCAGGCGGAGCUUUCUGAGGAGGAGGAGGAGGACGUGGGCCUGGUGGCCGAGGCGGAGGCCGUGGCUGCCGGCUGGAUGCUCGAUUUCCUGUGCCUGUCUCUCUGCCGGGCCUUCCGUGACGGCCGCACCGAGGACUUCCACAGGACCCGCGACAGCGCCGAGGCCAUAAUUCAUGGACUAUCCAAUCUAACAGCAUAUCAGUUAAGAACAAUAUAUAUAUGUCAGUUUUUGACAAGAAUUGCAGCAGGAAAAUCCCUGGAUGCACAAUUCGAAAAUGAUGAGCGAAUUACACCCUUGGAAUCAGCUCUAAUGAUUUGGGAUACAAUUGAAAAGGAACGUGACAAACUUCAUGAAGAAAUACAGAAUUUAAUUAAAAUUCAGGCUGUAGCUGUUUGUAUGGAAAAUGGCAAUUUUAAGGAAGCAGAAGAAGUCUUUGAAAGAGUAUUUGGUGAUCCAAAUUCUUAUACGUCUUUAGAAAGGAAACUGCUUAUGAUAAUAUCUCAGAAAGAUCCAUUCCAUUCCUUUUUUCAACACUUCAGCUAUGACCACAUGAUGGAGAAAAUUAAAAGUUACGUGAAUUUUGUGCUGAAUGAAAAAUCAUCAGCCUUUCUGAUGAAGGCAGCAACAAAAGUAGUGGAAAGUAAAAGAGCAGGAGCAACAACUUCUCAAGAUAAGCCUAACGAUGAUGAUGCUGAAAUGGAAACUGAAAGUACUUUGGAUAUAAGGAAAAGUGUUAAUGACAAACAGUCUACGGUAACUGAAUCCUCAGAGGGUACAGUAUCCUUAUUGAGGUCUCACAAAAAUCUCUUGUCUAAGUUGAAAUGUAGAAGCUGGAAAGAAGACCUUUUUGAGAAGGAAGAAAGAACAAAAACUAUUCAAAGUGAGACAAGGAAAACAGAAAGCAAAAGAGCCACAGACAGAGGGAGAAUACGUGUUUCAAAGGAUCAGCCAGUAACCUCUGAAAAACAGCGGCCUAGGAAAAAACAGGCAUGGCUUUGGGAAGAAGACAAGAAUUUGAAAUCUGGAGUGAAGAAAUAUGGAGAGGGAAGCUGGACUAAAAUACUGUUACAUUAUAAAUUCAACAACAGAACAAGUGUCAUGCUGAAAGACAGAUGGAGGACUAUGAAGAAACUGAAAAUGAUUUGCUCAGAUAGUGAAGACUGAACGUAUCUGUGAAAGUUGAUCAAAGGACUGUAUCUUGAGCACUACAUUUUGUUUGGCAAUUUCCGGUCUUAGGAAUUUUUUGUUUAGAGCAUUAUUUUUCUGUAAAAAUCUGAAUACGUAUGCCAUAAAUGCUAUCACUGUAUUCAUUAAUAAUCUUUUUAUUUUCAUAAGAUAUAAAUUUGUUGGCCCUUGCCACAUUCAAUAUCCAUCCCCUAAAUUCGAAUAAAAAUUAAGAUCUGAAAACAGAAAAAAUAAUUCUAUAUCUAUAGCCUGACUUCACCCCUUCAAGAGACAACAAAGAAAUAAACCAUAGCAGUUAGUAUGGCACUUACAUGAGCCAGAUCAUGCCCAGCCCCUGCCUCCACUCCUGAUUCUGUGUCCCUCUUUACAUGGAACCUGGGUGACAACAGGUAACAGCUUAAGUGUUCAGGUCCCUUCCACUUAUGAAAGAAACCCAGACUGAGUUCCAGGCUUCUGACUAGUUCUGGCUAUUGGAGUUAUUUCGACAAUUAGCUAGUUAAUUAGAAGCUCUCUGUGGCUCAGGCUCAUUCACUGUUGCACUCUGUCUCUACUGUCAUUCUGCCAUUCUGCCU